GGGAACUACUGACAAUUUGUCGAUUUUAGUUACUAGUUUCAGGAGGUGCUGGAUGACUAUCCCUCUCUUAUUUCAAGAUGCUGUAGCUCAGAAAGAUUUCGUGAUGCACUUUUUAGAGACACGUCUUUCUUAAAGUUAUGAAACUGUUUAAAUAUGAUUUAAACAUUAAAGUUAACUCGCCAGGGCAGCCAUGCAAAUGGAGAUGUCAAGAGUGUGGAGUCCACGAAUCUGGUCACCUUCAUCAGAGUGUUUGAGGAGGUCCUUGUAGCAGUAGAUUGGCUAGAGAUUGGCAUUACCUUCUCCAUUUCCAAUGCAAAACUGUUAAACAAAUGCCUGGAGUCAGUAUCCCUAAUGACGAAAAGUCUCCCCAGUCCUAACUUCUAACUUUCCAUUUUUUUUUAUUUUUUUUUUCAUUUUUCAAGACAUCCUGUUCCCAAUCUUGAACCUGCUGGCCUCUUCUAAACCUGUCCCCCCACCUUCCCCUUAACACGGGUGCCAGCAGGCCUGCAGCAUUGCAAUGCUGGGUUGUCUGCUGCGUAGGAGCAUGUCUCACAGACUGAGUAUAUUUCUGGUACUCUUUGGCCUGGCCUGGUGUCUGCUGCUGCUUCACUACACCGUCACACAACCACGCCGCCAGACCAGCGCAGAACUCCGCCAACAGAUUCUUGAGCUCAGCCAUCGCUAUGUCAAAGUCCUCAGCGAGGAGAACCAGAACCCCUCACAGAACCACGGCACCUCCAUGGCAGGAUAUGCGGAUUUGAAGAGGACAAUUGCUGUGCUUUUGGAUGAUAUUCUCAAUCGUUUGGUAAAGUUGGAGGGAAAAAUGGACGCUGCUGUGAAUGCAUCGAUGCACAAUAUAUCCCAUCCUGCUGCUGGUUCUGGAGCUCUCCUUGCUGCAGGAGUCUCUGUUUCUAGGCCCACCAAAAGCAACAUGUCUACUCACCCGCCAGAUAGGCGAAGUAACCCUCUUCAGUUUCCACCACAAUCACCUGAUCGCCCACAUAGACCGCACUCUUUAAAAUAAUAAAUGGUGGCCAUGGACAUUUUAUGUGCCACCACAGAAAAGACUGAAAUAUGCAGAUAUAUAUAUUUUUAGACUAAAGCAGACAUGUUUUUUUUUUUUUAGUUUUGUGCACAUGAGCUUCAGCUUGAUUUUGUCUUUUAUUCAUGGAUCACAAAAUAUUUUAUAAUUUAUACGUGUUAUGGAAUAUUAGAACUGAGAGAGUAGUGGGAAUAUAUUGAACCUUUUAAACGGAAGAGUGUUUUUUGAUAUCAGAAUGAGUGUUUCAUAAUAUAUCUGCAAAAGGCUCCUCAAGCAAAGAUAUAUGCUCCACCACUACAGUUGCUUAAAGCGUGUAGUUCACUUAGAUGGAUUCCAGACCAAGGUUUACAUGUUUCAUGGUUAAUUGUUGGGAUUCCACAUACUGCUGUGCUUUAGCUAUUGAACAGUAGAGGAAGUUAGCAAAUCUAAAGAAUAUUUAUAUACUCAGUGAAUAGUUGGUUAAUGUCUGUAUAAAAGAUUGAUUGUUAAUUUAAGAAUGGGGUAAUAUACCUCAGUUGCUUUCAGUUCAUAGAAAUGAAUACCAACAAAGCUGAAUGCAGCAGUUAGCUUUCCAUAAAGAAUUGUGCAUCAGAUGUCAUGACUGAAGCCAAUACAUAUAAUAAAAUAUGUACCAGUAAGA